AUGAUGAUCCUAUCAUCAGAUACCCCGGAUAAGAUGGUAUAUGUGUAUACCAAGGGGGCGGAUAGCUCCAUUAUACCAAAAUGUAUAGUGGAUACUCCCGAGGCUAAAGCUACUAUGUCCCAUACUCAGCGUCAUGUUAGAGAGUUCGCUGAUCUAGGAUACCGUACACUAUGUGUAGCCAUGCGUAGGAUGAAGUGGAGUGAGUGGUGUGGUAUAGCUCAUGAGAUAUCUGCAGUACAAGAUGAUAUAUACAAUAAGGACAGUCGUAUGGCUGUUAUCGAAUCUACUUUGGUAGAGGUUAAUCUCACAUUACUAGGAUGCACUGCAGUAGAGGAUAAGUUACAAGAAGGAGUUCCACAGACCAUCGAGGCUUUAAGGGCAGCUGGUAUUACUGUAGCCAUGAUAACUGGUGAUAAACGGGAGACUGCUAUCAACAUAGCAUCUAGUUGUCGACUUAUUACCAAUACUGAUAACGUGUAA